AUGCCGCACUUGGGAAGAGCUGACUAUGAACUAGCCUUUGCUCUUGCUAAACGCACUCUAAGUCGAAAUCCCUACAUUCCUGAUGUUAAUUUCACUCGUUGUCAACGCUACCAACGUCGGUCUUUCUUCCUCAAAAUGCUCGACUACUAUAAGAACAAGCCAGGUCCUAUGUGCGACCUGGUAGAGAGUCUACUUGAUCGUACUCUCAAUCCAAACUUUAAGUGUCCACCCUUGAAAGUCUUUCACGAAAACUGGUUUGAUGAGGUGUUGAGUAUGGAGGAAAGUCAACCAGCAAAUUGUCAACAACCACAGUCAUUAUCGGGCCAAGGAUCUCGGAAGUCCCCUUCGUCAUCUUUACUGAAAGAAAGUCUUGAAGGAUCUAGCAUGCAAUCUAGACGUGUUCAUACGCCAAGAACACAGGGUACUAUUAAUGCAACAGGCUCAACAAGUGAAGAUACAGACACUGUUUCCGAUUCACGUAUCCGUUGCGCUAAUCUACGUCGGCUUACUCGGCACUCAGUUGGCAUGGCAGCAAUUGACAGUAGUGCUCCUGAAACGACAAGUUCUGACAACUCUCCGACAACAAGUAGGCGCACAAUUAGGGUUCCUGAAGAAGCAUUGAAUUCAAGUUGUCACCAUCCUCCUCCUCCUGGCUAUUCUACCUCUGAAGACGAUUGCCAAUUCACAAUUCCCGAUGGCUCUGAUGAGAAAAACGAUGCUACACUUCCUCGGAUAUAUUUAGGCCAAGAUUAUGUGGAGCACUUGAUGGAUCUUUCCGAAAAGAUUCGAGAAAUAGCUGGUGGCCCGAAUGCUAGUUCUACUUUUCAGUUCACACAUAGUACUGCUGAUCUCUCACUACAAAAGGCUGCAUUCCAUAUUAGCCUUUAUGCGCUGGGAUUGUGCAAUCAACUCGGCUCAACUGUUCGAAAAUCUCGUCUCAGUUGUAAGAUUACGUCCUUGCUGAGUCGGGAGGCUCUGGAAAUGAAAUGGUCAGCUGUAAUUUCUCUAAUUUAUUCAUGGAAGGGAGCUUUUUCCAUCCAGGAAAUAACGGAUCUUAUUGUACAGCUUGUCUUACGACCUGGUGAGGAGGAGGAUGUAAGAUCAACUCGAGCUAUUAUACUCCUAUGUCGCUCCAUUAUGCCUGAAUGUAUCGCUGAAGGACCAAAAUUUCUACUAAGCUUCAUAUCUCAAUUCGGCUCGAAUGAGGACAUUCGGGAGUACUUACUUAGAUAUUUGGAUGUGAAUGAGUCCCUUAUAAUGGACUCACCUGGGUUCGCAGUCUAUCGACCGGAGUAUUUUUAUAGCCUCGCCACCAUGUGGGUUUACCAUCUUUCUCUCCGUGAAUUUGAAUGUCAGGAAAACUGGAUUACCCACCCCUUCGUCGAUAUCCUUCCACAAAUGGUAGAAACACCUAUAUCCUCGCAAGAUUUACCUCCAAUUACUACUGAAGAUCUUUGCGAAUAUAUGGCUCGUGGCAUUCGGGACUGGGAUGAGGAGACUGGAUUGGCGCGUCAACCCUAUCUUUAUCGGGCUCUUCGUUUGUUUCUACUCGCAAUUGAUGAGAAAUUACCUUUACAAUCCCUCAUUGGUCCACGUGCUUCAGCAUUGCCUGGCGAGGCAGCAGACCUAGCCCACCUCAAACCUCUUAGUAGCGGUGCAUAUGGUGACGUUCAGGCUGUAGCAACACCCACUUCUAAAAAACACUGUUAUGAGCAUUAUCUGGAAAAGAAUGUCUCUCAGAUUAUAGAAGAGAACGGAGGGGGAAGACAAAGCUCUAGGGUUGCUGCAGAUGUUAAUAAGGGCGUUGACUUCCAGAACCCUUUGGAUCAGGCCAUUUUGCGAGUUUUCAGUCUGACUGUAGAACUAAAGGAUGAGGAGGCAAUGGUUUUUGUCCUACGGUUUCUACUUCAUCGAGUGCAUUGCCCAGUUCUUCUUGCAAUCAUCACUUCUGAAGCAAUACUGGCGUUCCAGAGGCGGUAUCCACAAAUGCCUGCGGAAGAUAUGCAUGGAAAUGGAAGAAUUCCGGCUAACCGUCUAAGCAUUUCAUUUCUAGAGUGCUUGUUCAACUGGACGUGUCAGUUGUUCUACAAUCAACUGGAGCGUCGGUCGAAUAAUUGGCGAGAGGUUAUCGACAUGUCUCUGAGUGUUCAUCUCUUCUAUCAACAGACUGCACCGCAGUUUAAAAAUUUGCUAAUUUCCUGGGAAGCCUUUUCCCAUCUCAUUACGCGCAUUAAUCCAUCAGUCUUUGAACUAAUUAACAGUAGUCUUGAGUCAAUUAAACCUGCUCAAUUCGUGUUUCCCCGGCUGCAUAUCAUAGAUCCCUUGAAGAUUGAUACAGACUGGAUCAAGCAAGCAAAUGAAACAAAUGCUGUUGCAUAUAGACAGGGCGGUGGAAGUGGAGGGAAUGGCCGGCCUAAUGAUCGGCGAAUGCGGAUCCCCAGAACACGUGGACGUGGCAAUGCUCCGGCUUAUGGUGGAAGAACGAAUAAUUACUACAAUCGACGUUGA